AGAUUUCGUGCACCAUUUUCUGUCGAAACUUCUUUCUCUUGUUUUCUCAAAACCUCUUUUCAUUAUUGGAUAAGUACUUGUUAUUUUGUAGAGACAAGCCAGAGUACCACUACCGGAUUUCACAAGCUGUGCAGGGCAAUAACGCGUUGUUCCAAUGGUUGAGCUGAAUGCAAAAAUCCGGCAGCAUCCUGCACCACCAACACCACCACCACCACCACCACAAUCACAGUUGCAUAAAAAGCUUCCUAGUCCAGAGUUUCUUUCUGAUGACAGAAGAAUCGACUUCAAUGAAAUUUGUGUUCGUCUGUGCAAAGCAUCGAUUAAAGGGGAUUGGAAAACUGCGGAAAUCAUCAUUCAAUUGACACCAGAACUUUUAUACUCUAGUAUCACAGAAAGAUGUGAAACAGCGCUUCAUGUUGCAGCAUUAGGCGAAAGCACCACUUUCGUAAACAAUCUUGUGAACAUGAUGGAAGUCGAACACUUGCUACUUCAAACCAAAACCGGCGACACUGCCCUCUGCUUAGCAGCUGCAGCUGGAAACGUGAAAAUGGCAAAAAUCAUGGUGGCUAAGAACAAAAACCUUCUCACAAUCCGUGGUAGUGAAGGAUUAGUGCCACUUUGUGUCGCUGCAUUUUAUGGAAACGCUGAUAUGGUUCGUUAUCUCUACAAAAAGUCCAACAGAAUGGAAGGGUCUGAAUGGAAAGCCUCGACAAAGCAAUGGCUUUUGUUAAAGUGCGUUGAGUUUGAUCUCUUUGAUGCUGCACUUAAAAUAUUGGAAAACCAUUCAGACCUCGCUCAAAAUGGGACUAUACUCGGAGUUUUGGCUCAAAAGCCUUAUGCUUUUUACGAACCACAAACACAUAACAUUUGGAGAAUCAUCAAGUCAAGCAUUUGUUUAAAGGUAGGAGCUGAUGUAGGGGAAAGCCAGGCUUUGCAAGUACUAAGAAUGAUUUGGACGAGAGUUGUUGAAAGGCCAAAGUCUGAAGUAGAUAAUAUACUCAGAGGUCCGGGGACUGUGAUUAAUGGAAGGGUGACGUAUUCGUCUCAUAUAUUGUUUGUUGCAGCAGAAAUGGGUAACACUGACUUUGUACUUGAGCUCAUUAGUAAAUAUCCUGAUCUUAUAUGGAAGAAGAACGAAAAUAAACAAAGUAUAUUUCACAUUGCUGUGUCUCAUCGUAAUGAGGGUAUCUACAAACUAUUAUAUGAGAUUGGAUCAAUGAAGGAUAUUAUAACUCGUCUCACAGACACAGAUCGCAAUAAUAUGUUGCAUUUAGUUGGUAAGAAUAGAGUGAAAAAUCGACUUGAGGAUGUCUCAGGAGUAGCUUUUCAAAUGCAACGUGAAUUACAAUGGUUCAAGGAGGUAGAGUCUAUGAUUCCUCCUUUUUAUAGAAAAGAGAAGAACAAUGAUGGGUUAACACCACUUGAAUUAUUCACCAAAAGCCAUAAAGAUUUAGUGUCGAAAGGUGAGAAAUGGAUGAAAGGAACAGCUAGUCAAUGCAUGGUGGUUGCUGCACUUAUAGCUACCAUCGUGUUUGCAGUUGCUUUUACAAUUCCAGGUGGUUACAACCAAAGUGAUGGCUUUCCUAUGUUUCGCAAAAAUGGGGUCUUCAUAGCGUUUGUCAUAGUGGAUGCCAUUUCUUUAAUCUUAUCUUCGACUUCAAUUCUUGUGUUCUUAUCAAUCCUCACAUCUCGCUAUGCUCAACAAGAUUUCUUGAAAUCGUUACCCAAAAAAUUAUUGAUAGGUUUAGGAACACUUUUCCUAUCAAUAAUGACCAUGAUGGUGGCUUUUAGCAUCAGCUUCUUCUUGUUAUAUGAAGAGAAGUUAAUCACGGUUGCAAUUCCAAUUAGCGUUUUUGCUUUUAUACCUAUCAUUUCAUAUGCUACACUACAUUAUCAUCUUUUGAUGGAUUCGUUUCACUCAACCAUUAGUUCAAGACAUCUCUUUAAACCACAGAGACGACUUUUUUCAUAUGAGAAUCCGAGAUUGUAA